GAUGAUUAUAAACAUUGGAAGUUUCUUAAGAUGAAGGCUACUGGUCUUGGGUAUGAUCUUGUGAGGAAAACUAUUGCUGCGCCUAAAGAAUGGUGGGAUGCGAGAGAACAGGAAAACUCUAAAAUCAAGAAAUUUAGACUUUGCGGAAUAGAACCUGAGUUGGAAGAAAGGUACCAAGAGAUGUUUAGUGGAGCUAUUCCUGAACUUGAUUUUGCUUAUACACCUUCAUCAGGAACUCUUCCACCAAAAAGUGACUUGAAUGGAAUUGAAACUUUACAUGAUAUGAGUGGGAAUUCAACUUCAAAGAUGAAAGAUUCACAUGGCCCUACUAUACCUGAAGUAAUAGAAGUAUUGGAUAAUAUGAAUGAUAUAUAGAUAGAUGGAAAGUUAGAUAGGUGGAAAGUCGUAUAUGUUUGGUGUAAGGAAACUCCUUUGUGUCAAAGAAAAGCGAGAGGUGUUUUUUUCCCUAAAGCCUGAAGUUAAAGUUAGUAUGGCUUAAAGAUGAGGCAGAAGAUGCUGGAAUCAUAUAUGAUCAGGCAAAUACAUUAUUUCUUUAAUU